AUGGACGUCGCAUACCGGUUGAAGAUAGAGGCCAAACAAAAGAGCGGAGGGAGCAUCAAGAGGUUGUUUACGCCGCACGAAUCACCACCGUCUGAUCAUGGAUCAAGGGCGGCCGUACCUCAGGAGCGAAUCAUUUUAAAGGGCGUAACGGGGAUAGCACACCCAGGGGAGAUCUUAGCGGUGCUUGGGCCUUCGGGGAGCGGAAAAUCGACGCUCCUAAACGCACUCGCUGGGAGACUCCAUGGAAACGGCCUCACCGGGACAAUCCUCGCCAACUCGAGCAAACUCAACAAAUCGGUUCUCCGGAGAACCGGGUUCGUUACACAGGACGACAUCCUCUACCCCCACCUCACCGUCCGCGAGACGCUAGUGUUCUGUGCCAUGCUGCGCCUCCCGCGGGUGCUGCCGCGCGCGACCAAGGUCGCGGCGGCGGAGUCGGCGAUCGCGGAGCUAGGGCUGAGGAAGUGCGAGCACACGAUCAUUGGAAACAGCUUCAUCCGCGGCGUCUCCGGAGGGGAGCGUAAGCGCGUGAGCAUAGCUCACGAGAUGCUGGUGGACCCCUCGCUGCUGAUACUGGACGAGCCUACCUCCGGUCUGGACUCGACGGCUGCGCAUCGCCUCGUGAUGACGCUCGGGUCACUGGCGAAGAAGGGGAAAAGUGUAAUUACAUCGGUGCACCAACCAUCGAGCCGUGUGUACCAGAUGUUCGAUAAAGUUUUGUUGCUAUCGGAAGGACAGUGUUUGUACUUCGGCAAAGGAAGCGACGCCAUGCGGUACUUUCAGUCGGUUGGUUUCGCGCCGUCUUUUCCGAUGAAUCCGGCGGAUUUCCUGCUCGAUCUCGCUAACGCAUCUGUUGAAGGACAGAUGUAA